AUGGCAGGAUUUUUCUCACUAGGCAACGGCGGAGGCGACGGAGGAGGAAGCAGCCAAGACCUCCACCACCACUGCAGAACCAACGCUUCCAACCCUUCUCCAUCGGGAACAGAAUCUUGGCUCUGGUGCAGAAACCCUAAUUCAAACGCAAACGCAAGCUCCGGCGGUGGAGAUAUCGCUCCUUCUUUCAAAGGAACCCUUGAGCUAUGGAACAAUCAAGAAAACCUUUUCCAGCAGCAGCAACACCAAAGGCUGGAUCUCUACACUUCCGCCGCAGGUUUAGGCGUUGGACCAAGCAACCAGAGCUUACUUGAAGCCUCCGGCGGUAGGGCCGCCGCGUUGAUGAUGAUGAGAGGCGCUGAGAGCGGCGGACCUAGCUGCCAGGACUGUGGAAACCAAGCUAAGAAAGAUUGUGCUCACAUGAGGUGUAGGACUUGCUGCAAGAGCCGAGGUCAUGAGUGUCUUACUCACGUGAAGAGCACCUGGGUUCCUGCCGCUAAACGCCGGGAACGCCAGCAGCAUCUUGCCUCCGGUCAGGAAACGCAGACGCAACCGCAAGGUGAGAGCGUUCCUAAACGGCAGAGAGAGCAUUUCCCGCGGAGAUCGACUUCUCUUGCCUGCACUCGUAUACAUAGUCAACUCACUUCGGGGUUAGAGAAUGUGAAUUUUCCGCCGGAAGUUAGCUCGCCGGCAACAUUCAGGUGCGUGCGUGUGAGUUCGGUGGAUGAUGGAGAAGACGAGUAUGCGUACAAGACAGCUGUGAGUAUAGGCGGUCAUGUUUUCAAAGGUAUUCUCUACGAUCAAGGUCCGGCCGAGAGAAGCUGCUCGGUCGGUGGAUCUCAGCCGUUGAAUCUCAUAACCGGAGGCCCAUCGGCCUCUUCGUCAAGCCCAAACGUGAGCUGCAACAAUGGAGUCGUUGGCUCCACUUCAGACCAUUACAUUGAUCCUGCCUCGCUUAAUUAUCCAACUCCGAUCAACAGCAACAGUUUCAUGACUGGUACGCACUACUUCUCCAACCCUAGAUCUUGA